AAAACUCUGAUUAUUUCUGCAAACAAACUCUUGUUCAAUCUCAUGUGAAUUUGGUGUUCAGGUUUUGCCGUUUGGGAGAUAUGGAAGAAGGUCUGUUAUUCAAGGCAAAAGAUCAAGAAGAAGAGGGAGGAAACAAAAGCUUAACAUGGGAUGCAUUUGUGGAAGAGGCAAAGAAGGUGGCUUACAUUGCCGGGCCUAUGGUUGCUGUUACCUUGUCUUUUCAGCUCAUUUCAGUCAUAUCUUUGAUGAUGGUGGGUCACCUCGGUGAAGUUGCUCUCGCUAGCACCGCCAUGGCGACCUCUCUUUGUGCUGUUACUGGCCCCAGUCUUCUUGUAGGAAUGGCAAGUGGGCUAGAAACACUAUGUGGACAAGCUUAUGGAGCACAACAAUGUCAAAAACUUGGAGUUUAUACUUAUAGUGCAAUGAUUUCUCUUACUUUAGUUUGUAUCCCUAUCUCUUUUAUAUGGAUUUCGAUGGAAAGUAUACUCACCUUUACAGGACAAGACCCUGUUAUCUCACGCGAAGCAGGGAGAUAUGCAAUAUGUUUUAUCCCAGCGCUUUUCGGUCGGGCAAUUCUCCAUCCGUUAAUAAAAUAUCUUCAGACUCAAAGUUUGAUUGUUCCCAUGCUACUAAGUUCGAUGACUACUUUAUGUUUGCACAUACCUCUUUGUUGGGUUUUCGUAUUUCAUUUGGGGUUUGGAAACAUUGGAGCUGCAUUUUCAUGUAGUAUAUCAUAUUGGCUCAAUGUUCUGAUUCUCGGGUUAUAUGUUAAGUAUUCUCCAUCAUGCAAAUCAACUCGAGUACCGUUAUCAAAAGAGGCAUUUCAAAGAAUUGGAGAGUUUUUAAGCCUUGCAGUUCCUUCUGCCGUAAUGGUUUGUUUACAGUGGUGGUCAUUCGAGAUUAUGAUUUUGUUAUCUGGACUUCUACCUAAUCCCCAACUUGAAACUUCAGUGCUCUCCAUAUGUCUCACAAGUAUCUCACUGCUUUACAUGAUACCAUCUGGAAUUGCUGCUGCUGUAAGCACUCGAGUAUCAAAUGAGUUAGGUGCUGGGAGACCGCAAGCAGCACGGUUAGCCGUCUUCACCACUAUGAUUAUUGCAGGGACUGAGAUUGCUAUAGUAAGUUCGACGCUUUUUGUGUGCCGUUAUACUGUGGGAUAUGCCUACAGCAAUGCGAAAGAAGUGGUAUACAAUGUGACAGCAAUGGUUCCACUAAUCUGUCUCUCAACCAUUCUGGACGGCCUACAAGGUGUCCUAUCAGGUAUUGCUAGAGGGACUGGAUGGCAGCGUAUAGGUGCUUAUGUAAACCUAGGAUCACUAUACAUUGGUGGAAUUCCAGUGUCUCUUUUGUUGGGUUUCUUUAUAAAUUGGAGAGGAAGAGGGCUUUGGCUUGGAAUUAUGUCUGGGGCUGCUAUACAAACAGCUAUACUUUGUGUUAUAACAAUCCAAACAAAUUGGGAAAAACAGGCAGAGAUAGCAAGGAAGAGGAUAUUUCAGUAGAAUAUUUCUUUUGUUCUUCGAAAAUUAUUUACGUAGAGAAUGGACCGAAGCAAAAUUUUGGAUCGGUUGUUGAUUGUGAUUACACUCUAAAAGAUUAUAUAUGAAGUAAUCUAAGAAAUCAUUGUGAAAUAUUCAAAAUCUUUUAUUAAAACUUAGAACAAAUACAAAGAUGAUAAGA